AUGUCACCUUCAGCAAUCUCCCAGGAGGCCAACGGAGCCGUCGCCCAGAAAGCAGCCAAUGGACACCAGCCAGCGCCUCUGGAUGCCUCCAAGCUCACUUACACCCUCACCACCUCGCCAAGGGAUGUACCCGAAUUCGACGCUGCCGUCGCCUCGUCAGAGACCAUCUGCACCGACCACAUGAUCACGGCCACAUGGAAGGCAGGCGAGGGCUGGUCGGCCCCCGAGCUGAGACCGUACGGGCCUCUGUCCCUCAUGCCCACCGCGUCGUGCCUCCACUACGCCACCGAGUGCUUCGAGGGCCUCAAGGUCUACCGAGGAUUCGACGGCGGCCUCCGCAUGUUCCGCCCGGACUGCAACGCCGCGCGCUUCCGCGUCUCUGCCGCCCGUAUCGCCCUGCCGGACUUCGACGCCGACGAGGUCGUCAAGCUGAUGACUAGCCUCCUCUCCGUCGACGGGGCCAAGUGGCUCCCCCGUGAGCGCCCGGGAAGCUUCCUCUACAUCCGCCCUACCCUCAUCGGCACGCAGCCCCAGCUCGGUGUGGGCGCGGCGAGAGAGGCGAUGAUGUACAUCAUCGUCAACUUCAUGCCCCGGCUGGACAACCCACCUGGUGGAAUGCGCCUGCUCACCUCGCCGGAUGACAUGGUUCGAGCCUGGGUCGGCGGAUUCGGGUAUGCUAAGCUCGGUGCCAACUACGGGCCCUCGCUGGUGGCCAACUCGGAGGCCCGUCGGCUGGGGUAUCACCAGAUUCUCUGGCUGUAUGGCCCGGAUCUCGAGUGCACCGAGGCCGGUGCUAGCAACUUCUUCAUCUUGUGGAAGACCAAGGAUGGUCGCAAGGAGCUUAUCACUGCUCCUCUUGAUGACAAGCUGAUUCUCGACGGUGUGACGAGGAGAAGUGUUCUCCAGCUCGUCCGUGAGCGGCUGAGUGAUGAGCUCGUCAUCACCGAGCGCAAGUAUUCCAUUGCCGAGGUCCUGGAGGCGUCCUCCGAGGGACGCAUUCUCGAGGCCUUUGCUGCUGGCACUGCUUUCUUCAUUGCUGCUGUGUCCCAGAUCCACCACCGCGGCAAAGAUAUCAACAUUCCCAUGGGCCCUGAUGCUCAACCGGCCGAGAUUACAAACAAGGUCAAGACGUGGUUGGCGGACAUCACCUACGGACGAACUCGGCAUGAGUGGGGAGUCGUGAUUCCCGAGAAGGAGUGA